AUGGCGAAAAGGAUUUCACAAAGCGCUGUAAACUGGGCAGCCCUUGCGGAAAGGGUCCCGGCCGAACAGAAAGCUCAUCUUGCAGCUUUCAAAAUUAAGUCGGACUCUUACCUCCGAAGAGUUUUGGCCAACCCCCCUGAACCUCCAAAGAUCAACUGGGCGGCUUACAAGAAUGCUGUGCCCAUCCCCGGUAUGGUGGACACCUUCCAGAAGCAGUACGAAGCGUUGAAGGUCCCUUACCCCGCCGACACACAGACGGCUCAGGUUGACGCUCAAUGGGCUGAAGUCAAGAAAGGUAUCGAAGCCUUCAUCCAGGAAUCUAACGCUAACAUUGCCAACUACCAGAAACAAGUUAGUGAGAUCAAGGCCCUCCUGCCAUAUGAACAGAUGACCAUGGAAGACUUCCGUGAUGCUUACCCAGAAGAGGCACUCGACCCCAUCAACAAGCCUACCUUCUGGCCACACACUCCUGAUGAGCAACUCGACUAUGUUGACCCUGACAAGCCAGCACAUUCCGGUCACUAA